AUGAAAGAAGAAUCUUACGAGCAGCUCAACCAGGUGGUGAAGGUUUUUGAGACAACGCUGAUGAUGCUCCAGAAAGUCGGAGUGGAAACAAACGGAAUGUCCAUCAUUCUCCAGCAUAUGGUGUGCCAGCGUUUGGAUUCUGCUACACUACACCACUGGGAAUGCCAUCACAAUUCGAAGGAGGUUCCGACGUAUCAGCAGUUAGUAGAAUUUCUUAAGACAAGAUGUCUGGUGCUCCGUAACAUCACGUCAGCCUAUUCAAGCCAAGGGGAGACAAAAAGACAGUUUCGUUUUCCGACAGUCAGUCAUACCAGUGUCCAGCAAAAGUAUUCCUGUCCAUUUUGUGAUGAGUCUAUGCACUCAGUGUUCAAAUGCCCGAAGUUUACACAAAUGAAUGUGUCCGAUCGUGUUGAGUUCGUUAAGAAGAAAUCUUUAUGCCUUGAUUGCCUUUCGCCGGGUCACAUUGCAAAAUUUUGUAUCAAGGGUUCUUGUCAAAUCUGCGGAAAAGGCCAUCACACCCUCCUGCACGCAGGUCCUCAGGUAUCACAGUUCAGUUCAGGAAAGUUACGGUUUCCACAGCAAGUCAAUCCGGACGCGUGUCAAGAGCCACCUCAGAAUCAAACUGAGCUACACUAUGAAGAAGAUUUUCCAAAUUCAACUCUCCAAAACCAAACCGAUCUAUUACACAACCCAAGUCCAAGCAUGAAUAACCUCCCAUCCUCUAGCGCCACAGACAAUCCUUACACUAGCCACAGUUCUAUAAUAUCCGCAAAUCCUAGGACCGUUCCAACUACUGUCCUGCUGCCUACAGCAGUUCUAACGAUUAGGGAUAGUUGUGGGAAUACCAUCUCAGCUCGAGCAUUAUUGGACUCAGGAUCGCAGCUAUGCUUCAUGACUGAACGGGUUGCUCAGUCCUUAAAAUUUGAACGAUGUCAAGAAUAUCUUCCAAUCAGAGGAAUUGGUCAAUUGAGUACUUGUUCCACUCAGUCAGUGUCCGCUACGAUUGUUUCGAAGCAUUCGGACUAUCGCUCUACAUUGAACUUCUUCGUUCUCCCGAAAGUCACUGCAGAUAUUCCAUUGAAAAAGAUUAACGUUGAUAGUUGGAGUAUGCCUUCAGGACUCGACAUGGCAGAUCCCGAUUUCCAAAAUCCCAGCAGCAUCGACAUUAUUCUUGGAGCAGAGGUGUUCUACGAUCUUUUGUUGGAAGGGUAUCACAGAUUGAACGAAAUUGGACCAAUGCUUCAGAAAACGCGACUUGGUUGGGUUGUUUCCGGCAAGGUUUUCGAACAGUCUCGAGGUCAAGAAACGAUAUCAGCUUAUUGCACUGAGAAACGUUUUGAAAAGUUGCAGAAUGGUUUUUUGGAGAUGAAGUCAAGUCAAAUAACUACAACGAAGACGCUUGAAGACGCAGAAUGCAGAGACGAAUGGUUUUACUUUGAAAACAACAAAUUGAAGAUUAAGACGCCAAACCACAUUUGGGAACCACAAGUGUUUCCCAGUUAUUUCGCUGUUCCUCAAUGGAUUGUUUCCACCGAGAUCAGCAUGCGAAAUUUGGUUUCCGAUUUGAGUAAACUGGUGGAUUCCUGUAGACAGUUCGGUUCUAAGAUAGCUCGUGCCAAGAUAUUUCUCCAGGAUCUCUGGAAGCAGAUUUAUUCCUGGACGAAAACGCUUCCUGGUUUUCUUCAGCAACGUUCGCCAGAAUAUCGGAGCAACUUGAAUGGGUUAUCUUUUCUGCGAGUUCCAUGGUUGUUCAACAGAAAAAUUUCGAGUCAUCUUCGCAUUCUAAAAUCUCGAAUUGCACCUCUACAUUAUGUCACCCGCAUGAGGAAGAAACUGAUGAAUCAACGUUUGAGAUGUUCCAUGCAGUAUUUACUAUCAACAGGUUCAAUCGUCAUGGAUUGGAACUUUUUUAAUUCAUCAUUUGUUCAUCGGCUAUUCAUCACAAGGGAAGAGUAGAUAUCUUCUCCAACGAGGCGCAUUAGGCGCGCCUGCGGGGGCCUAUUAGCCCCCGCAGUCCAUGUCCUCCAUGCCAACGGCGGUCGCUGACCGUCCGUCCUAAAGAGUCGACCCACGAAGCAUUGAAGUCAUGAGAUCGUUGAAUGAACCACAUCACCCUUAUGGACACCCUUAUGGACACGUCGCUGUAUAAAAGUUGAUAGAGCGUCUUGUAUACUUGUGGAGGUUGAGGGACCUCCACGCAAAGUUAAGUUUGUGUUUGUUGUUCAAUAUUGCUUUAGGACAUACACAAUCCUUUUAUCAGCAGGAAAUCACGCCAUCUACCGCAUCGCAGUUAUCAUUUGAGUAUUAAUGUUCCACUGAAACCAUUGUCACAAGUCAUCGUUCCAUCAAAAAAUUGAUUGAAUCCAUCACUGAGCACAGCAGGAGCAUCGGCGCAAUGUGCGCCCGCGGUGGCACGAAGCCACCGCUUCAGGGAAGUCGUUCGUAAGUAAUUUUUGAUUGAGUAAAAAAGCCCCUCUCAUCUGAUUCCAGAGUUUACGAGCCAUGAAUGCCGGGUACCGAGGUCCAGAGUACGUUUCCCGAUCGCAACCUACAAGCACGGUCCAGUGCACAGGUUGUUGUCAUCGCUGCAUCGCAGAAUAAAAUACAGUCCACUAAGUAAAAACAGGCGUUGUGGAGUCCAGUGAGGCACUGGGCAGUUAAUUUUGGAAUCAUAAAAUAGCAUAAGUAGCAGCAGUUUCAAGAGUUGCUAAUGAGAAGAGCUUAAAAUAUUGUUGAUAUUGCUAGGCAAAUCAAGGGGGCCGGUAAUGUUAACGCAUAACUUCAAGCCACGCUAGUAAUCUAGCCAUAUAAUAGUAUGUGUGUUGUUAUUUGCUCACAUUCUCUUACCACCCAGCUGAUCCACAUCCGAUCAGCUGACUAACAAGAUCAUUCUAUAGAUUUAUAGGUUUAUAAACCAGCAGUCAAAAUGGUCGGACAUAGUUCCAUACAGCCAGAAUAAAUGUUAAGUCUAAAUCGCUAAGUGAAGUUUUUUCUAAUCAGAAUAAAGUGGCCAACAUUUGAAGACAAAACACUUUCCUUAAGUCAACCCGCGCUUCUCGAAUCCAUCCGAAAGUUGAAUUAAGUCUAUAAAUACAAAUCGAAACAGGUGGGUGUCGUGACGGGUUUUACGUCCAGAGCUCAUUCCAGUGUCCUCUAUAUCUGCGACGUCUUUACUCGGCUAAAAUGUCCAAAAAACUGAAGAUCCAAGAUCCAACGUGUUUUACUGAAUCCUCGUUUCUCUCUCUCUAGGAAUAAAACUAUCUCUACAAACUCUACAGAGAGAGAAAGGAAUCUCUGACUCUCAUUGGUUUGACAGGAGUAAAACGAAUUCUUUUUUUUUUUUUUUUUUAAUAGGUGCACGGUAAACAAAAGAUAUUUAUAUUUGUGUGAUAACUUACCGCUUUUAUAAAAUAAUUAUUUCUGAGAUUUG